AUGGCCAGAUUCCACACAGAUUGCAUAGAGAGACCCAUGCGCAUCUGUUUUGAGAGGAUGGGUCAUUUUAUUGGAUCUCAUCCCUGGUGGUUCUUGAUUGCUCCCCUUAUUCUCUCGACAGGUCUGGGGAGCGGAUUUUUAUUUCUCAGUGACAGAAUGUCAAACAAUAUCGAAGAGCAAUUUACACCUGUCGAUGGACAAGCCAAGAUGGAAAGGAAAUACAUCCAAGAAACCUUUCCAGGAAAUGAUUCCAUGUUUUCCCGUUUAAGACUGAGCACAGAUGGAAGUUUUGCAACUCUCAUAGCUACAAGUGACAGCAAUAUUCUGACUGUGGAGUCACUUCAGGACAUCCUAGACUUGGACUUUAAAGUCAGAAGUAUGGUAGUACAGUUUGACAACCACUCAUUUGAAUAUAUGGAUGUUUGUGCUGAGGUGUUGGGAUCUUGCAAUUCUAAUGACAUUUUAGAUAUCAUUGAAUACAAAGCCAACAAUAUAAACACAGUCAAUCUGACAUUUCCGUGGUAUGACUUUGAUUUUAGGAGCUUUUCUUUAUAUUUAAGUCUGGGGAGUGUGAAUUUGCGCAAGGAGAGCUCAGUUGUUGAAAGUGCUAAAGCCAUACAGCUCUAUUACUAUUUACGUGAGGACAACAAGACAAAAACUGACCUUUGGCUGGAAAGCUUCAUUCAUUUGGUCUCAAAUGUAUCAUCAACUUCCAUUCAGGUGUCUUACUCAACCUCCAUGUCAAUGCAGUGGGAAUUUCAAAAAUCCACAGCUUCCAUCAUCUAUUUAUUCUCCAUCACCUACGCCAUUGCCAUCACAUUUUCAAUCAUAUCCUGUUGGAGGUUGGAUAAUGUGAGGACAAAGGUGUGGGUGGCAUCCUGUGGGGUGCUCUCCACUGGUCUAGCAGUCCUAAGCGGUUUUGGUGCGCUGUUGUUGCUGGAUCAACCUUUUGUGAUGACAGUUGCCUCCUGCCCUUUCAUGAUAUUAGGUAUUGGACUGGAUGAUAUGUUCAUCAUGAUUUCUUGCUGGCAGAGGACCCGUGUUCUGGACAAUGUCCCCGGCCGCCUGGCUGAAACCUACAAGGACGCUGCCGUCUCCAUCUCCAUCACCACGCUGACCGAUGCCCUGGCUCUCUUCCUGGGCUACAGUUCGCCCUUUGGUUCAGUCCAAGCCUUCUGCCUGUACGCUGGGAUUUCUAUUUGCUUCUGCUAUUUGUACAGCAUCACUUUCCUGGGGGCGUGCAUGGCUUUGAAUGGACAGAGGGAAGCAGAGAACAAGCACUGGUUCACCUGUGCCAAAAUCCCAGAAGACUUACCAACCAGGAACUCCAAAGCCUUCAGUAUCUGCUGUGUUGGGGGGAGCUACGAUCGAAUCACUGAAAAGGAGGAAACUGAGCCCAUGACUCACAUUUUUGAGCGGUUCUACGGCCCAUUUCUGACCCACAACUGGAUAAAGUCAUGUGUAUUAAUCAUUUACACUGGCUAUCUGGCUGUUAGUAUCUAUGGUUGUUUUAUCUUAAAGGAGGGACUCGAUAUCAAGAAUCUGGCUUUAGAUGAUUCCUACAUCAAUAAUUACUACAACAAUCAAAGGCAGCACUUCUCUGAGUAUAGCUGUAUUGUGAUGGUAACAGUAAAGCAGCCCCUGCUUUACUGGGAUCAGGAUGAACAGAAGCGUCUGCACUCAUGCAUUUCAAAUUUUGAAAGCCUGAACUUUAUCAAUGGCACCUUUGCUUGGUUUCUUUCCUUUCAACAGUAUGCAAAAGCAACCGGUCUCAAUAUAAGUUCUCCAGGGGCUUUCCAAACACAUCUGCUCCAUUUCUUAGAACUCAACUCCAUGUUCAAGCAAGACAUCAACUUCACAGCAGACAAUGAGAUUCAGGCUUCUCGCUUUUUCAUUCAGUCACUCAACAAAACCACGAUGAAGGACAUGAUGACUGGACUCAGGAAAACAGCGGAGGAUUGUCAAAAAGAGCUCCUGGUGUACCACCCUGCUUUCAUCUACUUUGACCAGUAUACUGUCAUUAUGGACAACACCAUUCAAACCAUCCUGGUGGCUGUGAUGGUGAUGCUCGUCGUCUCACUCAUCCUGAUACCCAGUCCUUUUUGUUCUGUGUGGGUGGCUUUUGCAGUUUGUUCAGUCAUUGUUGGUGUGGCAGGGUUUAUGGCUCUGUGGGGCGUAAACCUGGACUCUAUUUCCAUGAUCAACCUGGUCAUGUGCAUUGGUUUUUCUGUAGAUUUCUCAGCACAUAUUUCUUACUCUUUUGUGUCCAGCUGUAAGAGUGACAUCAAUGAGAAAGCUAUAGAUGCGUUGGCCCAUUUAGGCUAUCCGAUACUGCAAGGAGCAUUGUCCACUGUUUUAGGAGUGGUGGCGCUGUCCAUGUCUGGGAGUUACAUCUUCAGGACAUUCUUCAAGAUCGUGUUUCUUGUCAUUACAUUUGGGCUGCUCCACGGCUUAGUGUUUAUUCCGGUGUUUCUGACACUGUUUAGGGCCUGUUGGAAGUGGUGUUAA